AUGGUGAGCUCUACAGACUACUGGCCAUCCUCCGACAUUCAAGCACCUUCAGUAGUCUUCACACUGAACCUCCCCACAAUUGCCAAUUUUCCCAUGGUGGUCAAUAUUCCCCUCAAUCUACCCUCACUAUCAGACUCCCCUCUCAACCUCCCCUCACUAGUCAAUCUCCCCUCUCAACCUCAUCAGUGUCCCCUCCGUAUCCAGUCUUCCAGACAAGUGUCCCCACCGUAUCCAGUCCUGCAGCCCAGUGUCCCAACCGUAUCCAGUCCUGCAGCCCAGUGUCCCCACCGUAUCCAGUCUUCCAGACAAGUGUCCCCACCGUAUCAAGUCUUCCAGACAAGUGUCCCCACCGUAUCCAGUCCUGCAGCCCAGUGUCCCCACCGUAUCCAGUCCUGCAGCCCAGUGUCCCCACCGUAUCCAGUCCCAGCCCGGUGUCCCCACCGUAUCCAGUCUUCCAGACAAGUGUCCCCACUGUAUCCAGUCCUGCAGCCCAGUGUCCCCACCGUAUCCAGUCUUCCAGACAAGUGUCCCCACCGUAUCCAGUCUUCCAGCCCGGUGUCCCCACCGUAUCCAGUCCUGCAGCCCAGUGUCCCCACCGUAUCCAGUCUUCCAGACAAGUGUCCCAACCGUAUCCAGUCUUCCAGCCCGGUGUCCCCACCGUAUCCAGUCCUGCAGCCCAGUGUCCCCACCGUAUCCAGUCUUCCAGACAAGUGUCCCCACCGUAUCCAGUCCUGCAGCCCAGUGUUCCCCACCGUAUCCAGUCUUCCAGCCCGGUGUCCCCACCGUAUCCAGUCCUCCAGACAAGUGUCCCCACCGUAUUUAGUUCUGCAACCCAGUGUCCCCACCGUAUCCAGUUCUGCAGCCCGGUGUCCCCACCGUUUCCAGUCUUCCAGACAAGUGUCCCCACCGUAUCCAGUCCUGCAGCCCAGUGUCCCCACCGUAUCCUGUCUUCCAGACAAGUGUCCCCACCGUAUCCAGUCCUGCAGCCCAGUGUCCCCACCGUAUCCAGUCUUCCAGACAAGUGUCCCCACCGUAUCCAGUCUUCCAGACAAGUGUCCCCACCGUAUCCAGUCCUGCAGCCCGGUGUCCCCACCGUAUCCAGUCUUCCAGACAAGUGUCCCCACCGUAUCCAGUCCUGCAGCCCAGUGUCCCCACCGUAUCCAGUCUUCCAGACAAGUGUCCCCACCGUAUCCAGUCUUCCAGCCCAGUGUCCCCACCGUAUCCAGUCCUGCAGCCCAGUGUCCCCACCGUAUCCAGUCUUCCAGCCCGGUGUCCCCACCGUAUCCAGUCUUCCAGCCCGGUGUCCCCACCGUAUCCAGUCCUGCAGCCCAGUGUCCCCACCGUAUCCAGUCCUGCAGCCCAGUGUCCACACCGUAUCCAGUCUUCCAGCCCGGAGUCCCCACCGUAUCCAGUCCUGCAGCCCAGAGUCCCCACCGUAUCCAGUCUUCCAGCCCAGUGUCCCCACCGUAUUUAGUUCUGCAACCCAGUGUCCCCACCGUAUCCAGUUCUGCAGCCCGGUGUCCCCACCGUAUCCAGUUCUGCAACCCAGUGUCCCCACCGUAUCUAGUUCUGCAGCCCAGUUUCCCCUUAGAAGCUGGUCGUCCAGUUCGACCAUAUUUAAAUACGACUGGUUCAAGUUUGGGUUACAAAUCAACGUAUUACAAACUUAUCGCUUAA